AUGUAUUCUAUAUUUUUAAUUACAAAUUUUACUUUGAAAUUUUUAUCAAAUGAAAUUAGAUUAUUUGACAAUUUUAAUAUUGAAAAAAUAAAAGUAACAGUUGAGCCAUGUGACACAAAAAAAUGUACCAUCUUUUCAUGCAGAAAAAUAAAUUUUAUAAAAGAUAGUGUAAAUCUUAAAGAUCUUGUGGAAUGUAAAACACAUUGUAAAAAUGGAUCAGAAAUUUGGAAGAACAUUACUGAUAUUUGUAACAUUAAAAAUGAUAAAUUUCUUGUAUAUUUGAUUUCAGGAUUACAUUUUGCUAUUAAUUUGCACAUAGCUUACAAUUACUAUAACUUGUAUUUUUUUUACUACCAUAAUAUUAAUGUUUAUUUGAGACAAAGAAAAUAUUUUCAUAAUUUUAUGCUACUUUUACUUUUUAUACGAAAAAAAAUUAAAUUUUAUGCAGAAAACAAACAAAUUAAUUAUAAAAUUGAUCAAGAAGAAACAAAUUAUAUAAAUAAGCUAAAACAAUCAAUAAAAGAAAUCGGAUGCCUUGAUUGUGAAAAAUGUCAAAUUUUAGGAACAUUGCAUUUUCAAGGAUUAAUUAAUUGUAUUAAAGUAGACAAACCUUCAGAUUUAAUAUAUGUGGUGUUUGUUUACAAAAAAUUACUUAAAACCUUAAAGGUUGUAUAUUUUUUUGAAAACAUUAUACAAAAUAAUUAA